AUCUCCCAUCCCCGCGCCAUCCGCCAUGCGCUUCUCCGCUUCGUGCCAUGCCUGCAUUGACUCUCAAGGCCCAGGCUUUACGGACUCAUGAAUCGCCCGGGGGUCAAGUAGCAAGAGGUGCAUAAACCGACGCAUAAGCCGACACCCCUGGGUAUACAGGAGGCAGUGUCUGUCCUAGUAUUUAAAUAAUCAGGCGUUCCUUCAGCUGUACUGCACUUUCAAGUCAUAGCUCCCUUUGACGCCAGCUCCAUCCAUACCUACUCUUCCCACAAUGGCGGCCUCUACCGACAGUUCGAACGGCGCUGUUGCCGGCCCUACCCCGGAAGACCUGAAGCUGUUGGAGCUCAGCCAGAAAUACGCCGAAGAAGCGACCAAGCGUCUCCGCCCGGAGGGCCUCAGCCAGUUCGUCCGCCUCAAGGAAGCCGGGAGCGAGCGGUUCCGCGCCCUCGCCGAAGACCCGUGGGCCGACCACGCGGCGCUCAACGCCAAGCCUCCGAUCCAGGACGGCGCCCAGUACAAGUUCCUGAUCCUGGGCGCCGGCUACGGCGGGCUUCUCUUCGCCGUGCGGCUGAUCGAGGCCGGCCUGGCCAAGGGCCCCAACGACAUCCUCCUUGUCGAUGCCGCGGGGGGGUUCGGCGGCACGUGGUGGUGGAACCGCUACCCGGGCCUGCAUUGCGACGUCGAGAGCUACACGUACAUGCCGCUGCUCGAGGAGACGGGCUACAUGCCCGAGAGCAAGUACGUCUCGGGCGCGGUGCUGCUCGAACACGCCGAGCGCAUCGCCGCGCAGUGGAAGCUGCACGACAAGGCGCUCUUCCGGUCCAGUGUCAGCGUGGCGCGGUGGGAUGACACGGCGAAUCUGUGGAAAGUGGAGGUCACCGAGGGCCGCGGACCGACCGAGCAGCCCCGUGAGCUGAAGCUGCAGGCGCGCUAUGUCCUGAUUGCGUCGGGUAUUCUCACCAACCCGCACAUCCCCAAGAUUCCCGGGCUGGAGUCCUUUGCUGGGCCGAUGUUCCACACGGCUCGCUGGGACUACAAGGUCACGGGCGGCAACCCACGGGACGCGACCCUGACGGGGCUCGAGGGAAAGCGUGUGGGGUUCCUGGGCACCGGCGCAACAGCUAUCCAGGCGGUGCCCCGGCUUGCGGAGUUUGCGAAGGAGCUGUAUGUGUUCCAGCGAACGCCGUCCGCUGUGUCGUGGCGAGGCCAACGUGCGACGGAUCCGGAGGAAUGGAAGACGAAGAUUGCCUACAAGAAGGGCUGGCAGCGGGAGCGGAUGCUGAACUUCGACUCGUACAUGACCGAUGCCGUCCGAGAGGGCCAGGAAAACAUGGUGGCAGACGGCUGGACCGAAAUGCCGGCGUAUUCUGCCGUCCUGGGCUCGCCCAGGUAUCCCAUCGUGGAGCCCACGCCGGAGAAGAUAGCGCAGCAUGUCCAGAGGCUGCACAAGCUCGAUAUCCCGCACUCAGAAGCAGUGCGGGCGCGAGUCCAAGAAAUCGUCAAGGACCCGGAGACAGCGGCCAAGUUGAAGGCUUGGUACCCAACAUGGUGCAAGCGACCUACCUUCAGCGACGAGUACCUGCAGGCAUUCAACCUGCCCAGCGUGCAUCUAGUCGACACAAACGGCAAGGGCGUCGAGUCAGCGACUGCAAGUGGCCUUGUGGUGGCCGGCAAGGAGUAUCCCCUCGACAUCCUGAUCCUGGGCACCGGCUACGUGACCCCCGGCAUCGGCGGGGGCAGCCCAGCGGUGCGCACGGGCAUCACAGUCUACGGCCGCGACGGCAAGUCGCUGGACGACAAGUGGCAGAACCACGGCGCGGCGACCCUGCACGGCGUCUGCUCCAACGGCUUCCCCAACCUCUUCUUCGCGCCCCUGACCCAGUCCGGCCAGGCCGCCAACAACGUUUUUACGCUUGAUGUUGGAACCGAGCACGUUGUGCACAUCAUCCAGCAGGCCGAGGUCAGAGCUGGCGGCGCCGAGGCGGCGGUUGUCGAGGUGUCGAGCCAGGCCGAGGAGGAGUGGUCGCUGCAGAUCAUGCAGCGUGCGGGAUGGUUCGCGACCGUCAUGGGUUGCACGCCGGGCUACAUCACCUUGGAGGGCGAGGCGCUGCGGCAGCCGCAGGACCAGGCCGGCAUGAUGAAGCAGGCCAGGGCCGGCAACUGGGCGCAGGGCAUGGCGUCCUUCUUGAAGGUGCUGCAGGAGUACCGGGCGGACGGGUCGCUUAGGGGGAUUGAAGUUGCGCCUGUCAGGGCUGGUUAGUCCGGCGGAAG